CCCUUUUCUCAUCAACAGAACCGGGAGGAAGGGCUCUGGUGGGGCUGGCGGUCCCCUGUUCUCCCCGCUCAGGUGCGGCGCUGUGGCAGGAAGCCACCCCCUCGGUCGGCCGGUGCGCGGGGCUGUUGCGCCAUCCGCUCCGGCUUUCGUAACCGCACCCUGGGACGGCCCAGAGACGCUCCAGCGCGAGUUCCUCAAAUGUUUUCCUGCGUUGCCAGGACCGUCCGCCGCUCUGAGUCAUGUGCGAGUGGGAAGUCGCACUGACACUGAGCCGGGCCAGAGGGAGAGGAGCCGAGCGCGGCGCGGGGCCGAGGGACUCGCAGUGUGUGUAGAGAGCCGGGCUCCUGCGGAUGGGGGCUGCCCCCGGGGCCUGAGCCCGCCUGCCCGCCCACCGCCCCGCCCCUGCCGCCCCUGCCGCCCCUGCCGCCCGGUUCCCAUUAGCCUGUCCGCCUCUGCGGGACCAUGGAGCGGUAGCCGAGGAGGAAGCAUGCUGGCCGUCGGCUGCGCGCUGCUGGCUGCCCUGCUGGCCGCGCCGGGAGCGGCGCUGGCCCCAAGGCGCUGCCCUGCGCAGGAGGUGGCGAGAGGUGUGCUGACCAGUCUGCCAGGAGACAGCGUGACUCUGACCUGCCCGGGGGUAGAGCCGGAAGACAAUGCCACUGUUCACUGGGUGCUCAGGAAGCCGGCUGCAGGCUCCCACCCCAGCAGAUGGGCUGGCAUGGGAAGGAGGCUGCUGCUGAGGUCGGUGCAGCUCCACGACUCUGGAAACUAUUCAUGCUACCGGGCCGGCCGCCCAGCUGGGACUGUGCACUUGCUGGUGGAUGUUCCCCCCGAGGAGCCCCAGCUCUCCUGCUUCCGGAAGAGCCCCCUCAGCAACGUUGUUUGUGAGUGGGGUCCUCGGAGCACCCCAUCCCAGACGACCAAGGCUGUGCUCUUGGUGAGGAAGUUUCAGAACAGUCCGGCCGAAGACUUCCAGGAGCCGUGCCAGUAUUCCCAGGAGUCCCAGAAGUUCUCCUGCCAGUUGGCAGUCCCGGAGGGAGACAGCUCUUUCUACAUAGUGUCCAUGUGCGUCGCCAGUAGUGUCGGGAGCAAGUUCAGCAAAACUCAAACCUUUCAGGGUUGUGGAAUCUUGCAGCCUGAUCCGCCUGCCAACAUCACAGUCACUGCUGUGGCCAGAAACCCCCGCUGGCUCAGUGUCACCUGGCAAGACCCCCACUCCUGGAACUCAUCUUUCUACAGAUUACGGUUUGAGCUCAGAUAUCGGGCUGAACGGUCAAAGACAUUCACAACAUGGAUGGUCAAGGACCUCCAGCAUCACUGUGUCAUCCACGACGCCUGGAGCGGCCUGAGGCACGUGGUGCAGCUUCGUGCCCAGGAGGAGUUCGGGCAAGGCGAGUGGAGCGAGUGGAGCCCGGAGGCCAUGGGCACGCCUUGGACAGGCUUCUCUCCACAGACCAUCCCGGGUGGCAUUUGGGACCCAGCUGGAGAAUCCAGGAGUCCUCCAGCUGAGAACGAGGUGUCCACCCCCACGCAGGCACUUACUACUAAUAAAGACGAUGAUAAUAUUCUCUUCAGAGAUUCUGCAAAUGCGACAAGCCUCCCAGUGCAAGAUUCUUCUUCAGUACCACUGCCCACAUUCCUGGUUGCUGGAGGGAGCCUGGCCUUCGGAACGCUCCUCUGCAUUGCCAUUGUUCUGAGGUUCAAGAAGACGUGGAAGCUGCGGGCUCUGAAGGAAGGCAAGACAAGCAUGCAUCCGCCAUACUCUUUGGGGCAGCUGGUCCCGGAGAGGCCUCGACCCACCCCAGUGCUUGUUCCUCUCAUCUCCCCACCGGUGUCCCCCAGCAGCCUGGGGUCUGACAAUACCUCGAGCCACAACCGACCAGAUGCCAGGGACCCACGGAGCCCUUAUGACAUCAGCAAUACAGACUACUUCUUCCCCAGAUAGCUGGCUGGGUGGCACCAGCAGCCUGGACCCUGUGGAUGACAAAACACAAACGGGCUCAGCAAAAGAUGCUUCUCACUGCCAUGCCAGCUUAUCUCAGGGGUGUGCGGCCUUUGGCUUCACGGAAGAGCCUUGCGGAAGGUUCUACGCCAGGGGAAAAUCAGCCUGCUCCAGCUGUUCAGCUGGUUGAGGUUUCAAACCUCCCUUUCCAAAUGCCCAGCUUAAAGGGGUUAGAGUGAACUUGGGCCACUGUGAAGAGAACCAUAUCAAGACUCUUUGGACACUCACACGGACACUCAAAAGCUGGGCAGGUUGGUGGGGGCCUCGGUGUGGAGAAGCGGCUGGCAGCCCACCCCUCAACACCUCUGCACAAGCUGCACCCUCAGGCAGGUGGGAUGGAUUUCCAGCCAAAGCCUCCUCCAGCCGCCAUGCUCCUGGCCCACUGCAUCGUUUCAUCUUCCAACUCAAACUCUUAAAACCCAAGUGCCUUCGCAAAUUCUGUUUUUCUAGGCCUGGGGACGGCUUUUACUUAAACCGCCAAGGCUGGGGGAAGAAGCUCUCUCCUCCCUUUCUUCCCUACAGUUGAAAAACAGCUGAGGGUGAGUGGGUGAAUAAUACAGUAUCUCAGGGCCUGGUCGUUUUCAACAGAAUUAUAAUUAGUUCCUCAUUAGCAUUUUGCUAAAUGUGAAUGAUGAUCCUAGGCAUUUGCUGAAUACAGAGGCAACUGCAUUGGCUUUGGGUUGCAGGACCUCAGGUGAGAAGCAGAGGAAGGAGAGGAGAGGGGCACAGGGUCUCUACCAUCCCCUGUAGAGUGGGAGCUGAGUGGGGGAUCACAGCCUCUGAAAACCAAUGUUCUCUCUUCUCCACCUCCCACAAAGGAGAGCUAGCAGCAGGGAGGGCUUCUGCCAUUGCUGAGAUCAAAACGGUUUUACUGCAGCUUUGUUUGUUGUCAGCUGAACCUGGGUAACUAGGGAAGAUAAUAUUAAGGAAGACAAUGUGAAAAGAAAAAUGAGCCUGGCAAGAAUGCGUUUAAACUUGGUUUUUAAAAAACUGCUGACUGUUUUCUCUUGAGAGGGUGGAAUAUCCAAUAUUCGCUGUGUCAGCAUAGAAGUAACUUACUUAGGUGUGGGGGAAGCACCAUAACUUUGUUUAGCCCAAAACCAAGUCAAGUGAAAAAGGAGGAAGAGAAAAAAUAUUUUCCUGCCAGGCAUGGUGGCCCACGCACUUCGGGAGGUCGAGGCAGGAGGAUCACUUGAGUCCAGGAGUUUGAGAUCAGCCUGGGCAAUGUGAUAAAACCCCAUCUCUACAAAAAGCAUAAAAAUUAGCCAAGUGUGGUAGAGUGUGCCUGAAGUCCCAGAUACUUGGGGGGCUGAGGUGGGAGGAUCUCUUGAGCCUGGGAGGUCAAGGCUGCAGUGAGCCGAGAUUGCACCACUGCACUCCAGCCUGGGUGACAGAGCAAGUGAGACCGUCUCAAAAAAAAAAAAAAAAAAAAAAGAAAAAGAAAAAGAAAAAGAAACAAUAUUUUCCCCAUUAGAGAAGAGAUUGUGGUUUCAUUCUGUAUUUUGUUUUUGUCUUAAAAAGUGGAAAAAUAGCCUGCCUCUUCUCUACUCUAGGGAAAAACCAGCGUGUGACUACUCCCCCAGGUGGUUAUGGAGAGGGUGUCCGGUCCCUGUCCCAGUGCCGAGAAGGAAGCCUCCCACGACUACCCGGCAGGGUCCUAGAAAUUCCCCACCCUGAAAGCCCUGAGCUUUCUGCUAUCAAAGAGGUUUUAAAAAAAUCCCAUUAAAAAAAAAUCCCUUACCUCGGUGCCUUCCUCUUUUUAUUUAGUUCCUUGAGUUGAUUCAGCUCUGCAAGAAUUGAAGCAGGACUAAAUGUCUAGUUGUAACACCAUGAUUAACCACUUCAGCUGACUUUUCUGUCCGAGCUUUGAAAAUUCAGUGGUGUUAGUGGUUACCCAGUUAGCUCUCAAGUUAUCAGGGUAUUCCAGAGUGGGGAUAUGAUUUAAAUCAGCCGUGUAACCAUGGACCCAAAAUUUACCAGACCACAAAACUUUUCUAAUACUCUACCCUCUUAGAAAAACCACCACCAUCACCAGACAGGUGCGAAAGGAUGAAAGUGACCAUGUUUUGUUUACGGUUUUCCAGGUUUAAGCUGUUACUGUCUUCAGUAAGCCGUGAUUUUCAUUGCUGGGCUUGUCUGUAGAUUUUAGACCCUAUUGCUGCUUGAGGCAACUCAUCUUAGGUUGGCAAAAAGGCAGGAUGGCCGGGCGCGGUGGCUCACGCCUGUAAUCCUAGCAUUUUGGGAGGCCAAGGUGGGAGGAUUGCUUGAGCUCAGGAGUUUGAGACCAACCUGGGUAACAUAGUGAGACACCAUCUCUAUUAUGAACAAUAACAGUUAAGAAAAAAAAAGGCAGGCAGGUGGUUAUGGUGGUUCCCUCCCAUCCCACCACAUAAAGUUUCUGAGACUUGAGAACAGCAAAAUGCUGUUAAAGGGAAAUAUUAAGAAUGAGAAUCUGCAGUAAGGGUGAUUCUGUGCCCACAGUUCUUCAAUUAUUUAUACCGUUUUACCCACAUGUGGUGUUACCAAAGCCGGGCAGAACCAUGCUAGCGGAAGAUGUGAAAUCCAGAUAGCUCAUUAUUGCCAAGAGCUAGGCAGCUUUGAUCUCCAAAUUGUUAUUGCUUUCAUUUUUAUUGUAAUGGAAUUGCUUUGUUUUGUUUUGUUUUUUUGUUUUUGUAUUGAAGAGGGUUGCUUUCCCUUUAUUUUUCAUAAGCUAAUGUAAAUGAAGAAAAAAUGUCUUCUCUGGGCUGUAGGCCUGGCUCAGCGUACACAGGUAUACAUCCUAAGCUCUCUAUGUUCUCUAAUCUGUGGUGACUGAGCAUGUGUCUCAAUGCACGGGGCAUUUCUACCUGUGUUUCUGCAGCACCCCCACUGCCUUGAGUCCCCAGCAGUGCUGUUAUUUGCCUAACACCUGUAGCCAUCUGCCACGCAGCCAGACGUGAAACGCUGAGACAGAGACCAUUUAGGUUAAAUACGACAGCUUAUCCUGCUGGAUGGGGAAAGUAAAAAAUAUGCUGGUUCAAGGCCUAAAGUAAAAUGAUCAAUAAUGUUUGUAGCAUUAAUGAAAUAUUUUCAAGAAAUGUGUCCAGGGGUAGCACUGGCUAUGUUGACGAGGCCUUUGGUAACUCAGAGAGCUCUUGGCCCUGAUGGGGACUUGCCCUUGCGCUUUCUUUAUCAGGCUCUGAGUUCACACGGAGCCUCUGGCACUUCCCUGCUGUCUUGGGAGAAAGGAAACUGGUUGCCGUGGCAGGUUGUGGAAUCUGUUGCUGGAACCAGGCUGGAAGCCCACCUGGUAGUGAACAGGGCCCAGUGGGGCAGGCUGGGCAUGUUGUGGUCUAUGGGUUUGUUUCCUGGAGAAUGUUCAGGAAUGUCUUCCCGGCUGCUUUGGUGCUGAGCUCUAUUAUCUCACAGCACGUCCAGAAGGCUAACCCAGGUGGGGAGGAUGCUGACACCAGCUCCAGGUGGAGUUGGUGGUCUUAAUUUGGAGAUGCAGGGGCAACCUGUGACCCUUUGAGGCAAGAGCCCUGCACCCGGCUGUCCCGUGCAGCCGUGGGCAGGGGCUGCACACGGAGGGGCAGGCGGGCCAGUUCAGGGUCCGUGCCAGGCCCUCCUCAGUGCCCUGUGAAGGCCCCCUGUCCUCCGUGCGGCUGGGCGCCAGCACCAGGGAGUUUCUAUGGCAACCUUAGUGAUUAUUAAGGAACACUGUCAGUUUUAUGAACAUAUGCUCAAAUGAAAUUCUACUUUAGGAGGAAAGGAUUGGAACAGCAUGUCACAAGGCUGUUAAUUAACAGAGAGACCUUAUUGGAUGGAGAUCACAUCUGUUAAAUAGAAUACCUCAACUCUACGUUGUUUUCUUGGAGAUAAAUAAUAGUUUCAAGUUUUUGUUUGUUUGUUUUACCUAAUUACCUGAAAGCAAAUACCAAAGGCUGAUGUCUGUAUAUGGGGCAAAGGGUCAGUAUAUUUUUCAGUGUUUUUUUUUUCUUUUUACCAGCUAUUUUGCAUUUAAAGUGAACAUUGUGUUUGGAAUAAAUACUUUUUAAAAAUA